AUGAAGCUCGCACUUCUCGUCCUAGGCAUUCUCACCCUUGUAGCCGCCCAAGGCGCUGCUCCCUCCGACCCCGCCAUGCCAGAAAUCAUGGACAACUUUGAGGAGGUCCUGAAGAGCCCGGACACCGGAGUCGCCGAGGGGGGUUGCCCCAAGAAAUGCAGCGCCGAGUACAACAGGUGCCUGAAGUACGACUGCUGGAUCAAAGAGUGGAACUGCGCCAAGAUCUGCAUGAUGUAUACAUGCGGCACCGCAAAGCUCAGGGAUGUGAGCCUGCAAGCUUUGCCAGUGGUGCUAAAUUUUCCCUUCGGCGGGGCCUGGGCUAGCUUUACGGCGCUGUUGGGAUUCGCGGCUGGUCUCUCUGGACACGGUUCUAUAGGCGGCCCGGUCGACGCGCUGCAGGGCUUGACGAGUUUUGCAGCUCACAAGGAUCUCAUCCAAUGGAUUCCCUUCUCCAACGUUUACCCCGACGUUGUGUCUCCCCUCAUUCACCACUACACUCUGCGACCAGAGUGCUCGGCACGCACCCUAUCAUUGCACUUCAUGGACUGCAAGAAAAUACUGCUAUCGAGAUAA